AUGGUUUUCCGUUGUUUGCUGUCCCGCCUCCUCCUGGGUCUCCUUCCGCUCGCCGUCGCCAGCACCGUUUACCUGUACCUCUACCCCGUCUUCAAAGGCUGCGCAUACCCUCUUCCCCAACUUGCUCCCAGCAACGCUUCUUCGCAGCCAAGGGCAUUUCUAGCCAACUUUCGCCAACAUUUCAAUUUUAAUUCCGCACAAGAACCCGAGCCAGCAAUCUUCCGCCUCCUUGUCCUUGCGGACCCUCAGCUCGAAGGUGACAGCUCCCUUCCCCGCCACGAAAAUGAACUCGGCGCCAGAAUCCGGAGACAUUGGGACGAUAUCAUCGCCGCUAUCAAGACCACAUCGUCACCAGUUUAUGGCGACGUACUGAGUGCCCUCUCGGCGGCUCUGCAGAUACUCGUAUCAGAGGAUCUUCCACGUGCGUUUGCGGCCGCGCGAAAACGGCUCGAUCUGCUUGGGAACGACUAUUAUCUGGCUCAUAUCUAUCGCACGCUACACUGGUGGACUCGGCCGACGCAUGUUACGGUGCUGGGGGAUUUACUGGGUAGUCAGUGGGUUACGGACGAGGAGUUUCAGCGCCGCGGAGAUCGCUACUGGCAUCGGGUCUUUCGGGGUGGUGAGCGUGUUGAUGAUGAGAUUACGCGGACGGGGGAGAAGGGUUUUUCUGGAACUGGAGGAGACAAAAAGUUGCCUGAGCCAGAGAAGUUGCCAUCCUCUCCCUCCUGGGCACGCCGCAUCAUCAACGUUGUUGGAAACCAUGAUAUUGGAUACUCUGGCGACGCGAGUGAGCGCCGCAUCGAGCGAUUCGAGCGCGUCUUUGGCCGCGCAAACUGGGAUAUUCGGUUUCAACACCCGCCGGUUGCCAGUCGGGAGGAGGGGAAGCCAGACCUCACACCUACACUGCACGUAAUCAACCUGAAUAGUCUGACGCUGGACACGCCGCCUUACUCCGAGGAUGUCCUAGGCCACACCUAUGCGUAUCUGAACGAUAUCAUCUUGCAUCGGUCGUACGCUGUCGAAGACCGGACAACGUUCACUCUUCUCCUGACGCAUCUCCCCGUGCAUAAACAGGCGGGUGUCUGUACGGACGGUCCGUAUUUCAGCUUCUUUGAAGCGGAUGACGAGUCCGACAAGCAGCGGUACCGCGCCGGUGGGCUUCGCGAACAGAACCAUCUUAGCGAGCACAUUAGUGCGAAUGGGAUCCUCCAGGGCAUCUUCGGUAUGAACGGUGACGGGGUCACGAAAUUACCCGGGACUGGACGGGGCCGCAACGGUCUCAUCCUUACAGGCCACGACCACACAGGCUGCGACGUCCUCCAUUACAUAGAUACACCACCUCCCACUACGCAAACAACAAACCAAUCCAACAAGACGCUUACAAACGACGAAGAAGAGGAAUCGCCCCGCUGGACAUGGAACGCAAAACGGUACAGCUCUUCCGACCAGCUACACCUCGACUCCACCAUCCCCUCCAUCCGCGAAAUCACCCUCCGCUCCAUGAUGGGCGAGUACGGCGGGAAUGCAGGCCUACUGUCUCUCUGGUUUGACGCUGAGGCCGCCGAGUGGAAGUACGCUGUCCAGAUGUGUUCCGCUGGCGUGCAGCAUAUCUGGUGGGCGGUGCAUGUGAUUGAUCUUAUAACGGCUAGUGUGGGAGUUGUAUAUAUUCUGUCAAGGGUUUGUGGAUCUGGGUCGUCGACGCGAUCGACCCCAGGAGUUGCGGGUGAUAAGAAGACAAAGUGA